AUGCCAGCAACGUACAGCACAACAAGACUCAACAACCUCGACUGUCAAAUGAGACAUUACGCUGGAGCAUACACUCGAGAGACAAUAAGAAGGAUUGCUCAACAACUCAGCGAUGAUCUCUAUUUCGAUGGCUCUGCUGCUCGUCUCGAAGUGGCGAUCGAGUAUGCCAAUCGUCAAUAUCGCUCAGGUAAGUUCACAAGGGCAGGUGAUGCAAUCAGUCUGUUCAACCCAGACGAAGCAGGCGGCUGUGAUGGCAAACACAAUGACUGUUUCUAUGACUGCCUCAAAGCCUCCUAUCCAGACAAGGUAACCAAGCACUUUAGCAAGCCAUGGAUCUUCAAGCGAUUCUUCAAACUAGAGCGCGAUGCCAAGGUUCCUCUCAAUCUCUGUUCAGAGAUCGAGGACAAGCUCAAGAUGCGCAUCAAUGUCAAAGGUGAUUAUUGCAAGACAUCAACCAAACAGUACGUCCGAGUCGUCCAUCUCAAACUAACCAAUGAGCACUACACCCUAGACAAGGAGGGAGCAUUUGAACCCAAGGGCAUCAUCCUCAAGAGAUACCACGAUGACAGGAUCUUGCCAGUAGUGGCGUACAAGUGGGACGAUGGUGAAGAUGUCCCGAGAAGGACAUCUGAACCAUCAUUGCGUGCGCGCGACGACGACAAUGAUCAAGUUAAACUCUACGAUGGCACGAACUACAGCACGAUGAGCAAGGCGACACUCAUCGAUGAGCUCAAGAAACAAAAGUUCGACGGCAAGUGUCGAUACAUCAAGGUGGAGGCAGCCAAGAAGAGGAGCAAGAUGCCCAUCAAGACACUGGAGGAGACAUGGGAGGACUUCAUCAAAGACGCCGACGCACUCAAAGAAGGUACCAAUGGCGUCAUCGACUUGUACUUUACAGGAUCAAAUAUUAACAAGGCCGCCCUCAACCUAUUCAGCAAGUACAACAAGCAUGUCAUUCCAGAUAUCAUCGAGCAAGAGGAAGCCAAGUGGAUAUCCAAGGCAUCGAAUGGACCAUUGAGGUUCGCCGACACAUACACUGGCCCUCUCUACAUGUAUGAUGUCUGCAGCAUGUACGCGGCAAUCAUGAGGAGCAGCAGCUUCUCAGUACCGAUCAUGUAUAUAUAA